AUGUCGUUUGCCGCACGAAGGGGAGGACUGUUGCGAUCUUUCAGCACAGCUGCCAGUGGGGUAAGCAAAGAUGCCCCUCGAGUUUUAUAUGAGGAGCUAAAGCAGAAGUUUGGUUACACCGGCGUGGUGAACCACAAGCAGGUUGGUGUGCGCAGCUUGUACGACAUCCUCCGCGGGGUGCAAAACAAGAAGGACUUGGAAACGGCCUUGCAGACCGUCAACCUGUUCUACAACUUUGGCGUGAAGUUGAAACAUCGAGAGAUGUCGACCCGGCUUUUGGCAGCUUCGAUGCGAGCUCCAGCCGAGUCAGAAGCUUUGGAACUGAUUCGCUUGUAUGGCACCUGGUUGGAACACCCACCCGAUGCCUCGAUUGUCUAUGCUGUCAUGUCUCAUUUCCUGGACGAUGGCAAACCCCUGGUUGUCAGGGACAUCGCAAAACAGCUGCGGGAGGACUGGCGCUUCGUGUUGGAGGCGCCGCUAUACAGCUUGUCGAUCGAGGCAAUGCUUUCGCUUCCGGAUGAUCAGGAUGGCUUGCUGGAGGCUCUGGUUUUAUUUCAGGAUGCGGUGCACAUGGGCGUGAAGUUACCGCCAAAGACCCAGCUGCGAUUGCUCAACACAUGUCUUCUGGCCGUCGAGCAGGAGGAGGCAUCCGGCACGAAGCUCGACUCAGCGUUGACCGUUGCAGAGUCUCUUGCCAGAGAUGGGUAUGUGCGAGCAGGUGGCUCGGAGGUGUCGUGCUCGAUUGCCUGGCUCCUGUGGCACAUGAAGGACUUGGAGCCCGGAGCCUUUUCCUCGCUUCUGGAUGGUCGCGAUGCUUGGGACACCGAUUUUCUCCGGGUCAGCUCCGCUCACCACGAGGCAUUAUGGAUGACAUGGUUACAUGCGGCUUGUUCUAACUUUUCGAGCCGCAGUGGCUUCUCAGCAGACUUGCCGGCCGGUUUUUUCCGUGCGCUGGAGGCCGAUCGCACAGUCACGUGA